CACGAGUGCUUUUCCAUCAAAUCCCUUUCUUUUUGUCUUCUUUUGCAGUCGUUUUCUGCGAACGAGGCACCUAGAGAUCCCAAGUACCCACAUCGAGCGAAUACGCACCGACCACAUUCGCUCUCUUCAAACUCUCUUCUGAAAAAAACCCAACAAACAUCAUCCACCCAACAUGGCUGAGCAGCUCAACAUGAAUGGCUUGUCCCUCAAGGACUCGUCGCACGCUUCCCAGGGAGCUGCGCCGCAACAACAGAACGGUUUCGGCGGUCAGGAGCGCAGCGCUUACAUCCCACCACACAUGCGAGCUUCUGGUCGUGGCCCACCGCCAGCUGCGGCUGGACCAGGCGCCAUGAACGGCAACGCUGCCUACCCACCACCUGGCGGUAACUACCCACCUCCCGGUGCUCAGCGCCCACCGCAAGCUGCUGGCAACGGCACGACUUGGGGUGCCGCACAGACCUUCACUCCCCAGGGACGCGGUAACUGGGACAACUCGCCUCAGAUCCCAAGCGGCUUCAAUAGAAAUGCAUACGGCGGUGGAGGAGGAGGCUCAAGCGGAGGCGGUGGCCACCGUGGAGCAGGAGAUGGACAGUGGAGAGAUGGAAAGCACGUCCCAGGACCUGCCAACCAGCGUCUCGAGCGCGAGCUGUUCGGUGUUCUAAACGACCCAUCGAAGCAACAGACGGGUAUCAACUUCGAGAAGUACGACGACAUUCCAGUCGAGGCUUCAGGACAAGGUGUGCCAGAGCCCGUGACCACUUUCACCAACCCACCUCUUGACGAUCACCUCAUCGCCAACAUUGAGCUGUCCGGAUACAAGAUGCCAACCCCUGUUCAGAAGUACUCCAUUCCAAUUGUCAUGGGCGGCCGUGACUUGAUGGCUUGUGCUCAGACUGGUUCCGGAAAGACUGGUGGUUUCCUCUUCCCAAUUCUGUCCCAGGCUUUCCAGAACGGCCCAGCGGGCAACGUGCCACAACAGGGCGGCUUCCAGCGUCAGCGCAAGGCUCUGCCGACAUCUCUCAUCCUCGCCCCAACUCGUGAGCUUGUCUCGCAGAUCUACGAGGAAUCCCGCAAGUUCGCGUACCGCUCGUGGGUGCGGCCUUGCGUCGUCUACGGAGGAGCCGACAUCGGCUCCCAGCUUCGCCAGAUCGAGCGCGGCUGUGACCUGCUUGUUGCUACUCCUGGUCGUCUUGUCGACCUGAUCGAGAGAGGUCGUAUCUCACUUGCUAACAUCAAGUACCUCGUCCUCGAUGAGGCUGAUCGCAUGUUGGAUAUGGGUUUCGAGCCGCAAAUCCGUCGCAUUGUCGAGGGUGAGGACAUGCCAUCCACUGAGGGCCGCCAAACACUCAUGUUUUCGGCUACCUUCCCUCGCGACAUUCAGCUUCUGGCCCGCGACUUCCUCCGAGAGUAUAUCUUCCUCUCGGUUGGACGUGUUGGUUCUACCUCCGAAAACAUCACUCAGAAAGUUGAGUAUGUGGAGGACAUUGAUAAGCGUAGUGUGCUCCUUGACAUUCUGCACACUCACGGUGCAGGUCUUACCCUGAUCUUCGUCGAAACCAAGCGCAUGGCCGACUCGCUCUCCGACUACCUCAUCAACCAAGGCUUUCCAGCUACGUCAAUUCAUGGCGAUCGUACGCAACGCGAGCGUGAGCGUGCUUUGGAAAUGUUCCGUGCUGGACGCUGCCCGAUACUGGUUGCCACAGCUGUUGCUGCCCGAGGAUUGGAUGUUCCAAAUGUUGUCCACGUUAUCAACUACGAUCUCCCGACCGACAUUGACGACUAUGUUCACCGUAUCGGUCGUACAGGUCGUGCCGGAAACACUGGUGUUUCGACUUCUUUCUUCAACCGCGGCAACCGUGGCGUGGUUAGGGACCUUCUCGAGCUGCUCAAGGAGGCCAACCAGGAAGUUCCAGCCUUCCUAGAGACUAUUGCCCGCGAAGGCUCAGGCUUUGGCGGUGGAGGCGGACGUGGCGGCCGUUCUGGUGGCCGUGGACGUGGCUCUUCUGCCAUGAAGGAUGUUCGUUCUUACGGUGGUGGCCAACGCCCAGCCUACAGCGGCGGCAUGAUGGGCGGCGGUGGCGGUGGCUUUGGAGGAGGCAACAGCUACGGUGGCGGCGCUGGUGGCGGCUAUUCCGGCGGCGGCUACGGUGGUGGAGGAGGCGGCAGCUAUGGCAACCCAGGCGGCGCUUCUGGUCCGAACAGCUGGUGGUAGGCGACUCCACCUUGCGCCAUCACACCACCAACACGUUCGAUCGAUUUUUCUUUACGUUUUUUGCUGCGUUCCGACUGCUUUUCGCCAACGUCACCGGCGGAUCUCGACGAGUGUGCCGACAUGAUACCCACUCCAGCAUGAUAGACUGCGUUUUCUUCCUGAGCGUUGCUUGCAUUUGCAAUGGCGCAGGGAGACGGCGCUCUUCAGUAUCGUGGCCUGUAACAGACAUACCCCCGGAUCUUCCUCGCUCUCAGGCUUUGAGCGACGAGGCUCCAACGUGUCACAACGGGCCACGGUACAUUUACGACAUCAUCACACGAUCACGUUACGGCUUCAACGGGCUGUGGCUCUCGAUAAAUCGGCAUCCGACGGCGUUAGUGAAUUAGAUGGCGCUUUGCACUUUGGGUUCCAGGAAUGGGCGGAGGAGUUCACCAACGACUUCAAGCAUUGCGCGAACCCCACUAAAAGCGGCAUGGCAUGUGCUUUUCCACGAUACCGGCGUUCAAACAUGGUACAGGCAGCUUCUCCAUAGGCUGGAGAAGCAAAAACACUCGCCGACUUACCUGUCCUUAACAGAGGGACGGGAGAGUCAUGAGUGAUGUAGGCUUCUCGGUUGCAUGAGGCGGCUGACAUGUACUACGUACUGCUUUCAGAUGAUACCUCGAUAGACUUUUGGCAUGGAGCUCUGAGAUGGCUCUUUCAAUGGAAAAAGGGGGGGCAGAAUAAGAGCAAAAUGCAGGAGAGUGCAUCUGGGAGCGGCGAAUUGGCACAAACAGCAACAUUCGGCCGAUGAAGAUGGAAAGUAUGUGCUGCGCUGUCUGAUACCCCAAAUAGUUGCUUUUACCAAUGAAUCCCAGUAUGGUC